UCCCAGGGACCGAGCUCCAUUUCCGCUCCGUGCGAGCGGCGGCACCAAAACAAGUCGUGUCCUGGUCGUGUGCAGCCAGGAGUCUGCAGCCGGACACCUCGUGGACUGCAGCCUUCAGGAGAAGCCUCGGAGACCCCCGGCUGAGAUGCCCCCCUGCUGAGAUGCUCCUCUGCUCCUCUGGGGGACUUUGAAAGUUCGCAGCGAGCAGGGUGCCUGGGAUGAUGCAGAUUGAGCAGUCGGCUUCUCUGGGUCGGAUGGGGAUGAGGAGAGGAGGAAAGUUCUCAGGGAUGGAGGGAAGAUGUGUGAGGGAAUGGACUCUGCUGCUCAAGGGGACACCAGGGUCUCACUUCUUCUGCUUCUUCUCUGGGGUGAUUUUAAUGCUUUGCUGUGUGAACUGUGGAAGUGGCCAAGAACUCGGUCCUAGAGGAAGGAAUGUAUGCAAGUCUAUAGGGGGUUCGAGUUUUGUCUGUUGCGCUGGAUGGGGACAGCUUGGAGAAGAGUGUCCAAUUGCGAUAUGUGAAGGCAACUUCACCUGCAAAGAAAAUGAGGUCUGUGUCCGGCCAAAUGAAUGCCGCUGUCGUCACGGCUACUUCGGUGCCAAUUGUGAAACAAAGUGUCCAAGACAAUUCUGGGGUCCAGACUGUAAAGAAAAAUGUGCCUGCCAUCCGCAUGGACAAUGUGAUGACCUAAGUGGUCAAUGUACAUGCAAUACAAAUCGAUGGGGGCCCAACUGUGAGAAUCCCUGUCUCUGUAAACAUGGCAAGUGUGACCAAGAGACUGGAAAAUGUACUUGUGAAUCAAACUGGUGGGGACCCCAGUGUGCCAAUUCCUGUUACUGCAGCACCAACUCUCAGUGUGACCAAGCCACUGGAAGAUGCAUUUGCCAACCGGGGUGGUGGGCACGGAGUUGUAACAACCAGUGCACAUGCAAUAACUCACCAUGUGAUCAAAUCACUGGACGCUGCUUGUGCAGAGAACGCCUGUGGGGCUCACGAUGUGAGCGAGUAUGCCAGUGUUUCAACGGGAAAUGUAAUCAGUUGGAUGGAACGUGCACUUGUGAGCCUGGAUUUAGGGGCAAAUAUUGCCGCGAACCAUGUCCAGCUGGACUGUACGGACAAGGCUGUAGGAGGCGGUGUGGUCAGUGUAAGCAGCCGUAUCCUUGUGCCGUUGCUGAUGGGAUAUGCAGUGCAUGUGAACCAGGCUGGAAUGGGACAAAGUGUGAUCAAGUUUGCUCUCAUGGUUUCUAUGGCUUGGAGUGCUCCAAAAUAUGUCCUCCUUGCAAAGAUGGACACACCUGCAACCACAUUAAUGGGAAGUGUUCACACUGCAAUCCUGGUUGGAUUGGUGACCGGUGUGAAACAAAAUGCCAGAAUGGUACGUAUGGAGAGAACUGUGCUUUUGUCUGCACUGACUGUUUUAAUGGAGAGUGCCAUUUUGAGACUGGAAAGUGUCUUUGUAACGCAGGCUCUUAUGGACCAUACUGCAACAUAACUUGUCCAGCCGGCCAGUUUGGAGUCAAUUGUCACCAGUUGUGUAGUUGCCAUGAUGAUAAGUGUGAUCCUGUCACUGGAGCCUGCCAUAUGGAAGCCAAUCAGCGGAUGGGAGUAAUAGGAGCCGGGGUACUUGUCAUAGUUCUGCUAAUUCUCCUGCUAUCACUUUUGUGUUGCUGUUGUGUCUGCCGUAAGAAAGAAGAAUCAGCAGAUGGAAAUCAGGAGCAGGUAACAAACAAGAAACCCCCUCGACGCUUCUGUGGGCGUUUUAGUCGAAUCAGCAUGAAGCUUCCUCGUAUUCCUUUGCGCAGACAGAAACUGCCAAAAGUUGUGGUGGCUCAUCAUGACAUGGAGAAUGCAUUUAACUGCAGCUUCAUUGAACCACCAUCUGUUGUUGAACAGCCGUCUCCUUCAUGGUCAUCCCGUGGUUCAUUUUCAUCCUUUGAUACCACUGAUGAUGGACCUGUAUACUGUGUGCCUCAUGAGGAAUCAAUGACAGACUGCAAGGAAAAGGGAAAUGUCAGUGUUUUGGAAAAAGUGACACCGCCACUUAAUGAGGAGGAAGCUGGGGAAUAUACAUACUUAAAGGAUUCUGGAUCUCCUAAAUCAUCCCAGGUUGAUAACAGUGAAACUCCAUUAUUGAAAUCAUCUGACAGUGAAAGAUCAUCUUGUGGUUCAGGAUCGACUGGUGGUGCAUUGUAUGCUAAAGUUGCACGGUUAUCUAAACAGUCUAAAGAUGAAGAUGACACUGCCAUGGAUGGUAGGUGUGCUACAAUAGGUGCAAAACCUCCAUCUCCUGAAAGAACAAAACCACCUCCACCUGAUCCUUCUACAAAACCUAAGGUUUCUUGGAUUCAUGGCAAGUUUAAUUCAAACCAGUCUAAUUCAUUACCAGCAUUUAAUAAAUCUCUAGAUAAGACUUCUACUAGUAUUGACCAAUCAGAACUAAAUGCAAGCAUUAGAGAUCAUCAUAGAAAGAGAACCCCCAGUGAUACUUGCCCUGCUGGUCAAGGCAAAAAUGAAGACAAAGUCAUCAUGAGGAAUAAGGACAAGGGGCACAAGCACUUGAAGGAUGUGAGCAUAACAGAGAGCAAACCUGAUGAAUCUCUGUCUCCAUCCAAGUUAAAGCACAGAAACAAAAGUCACGAUCACAUAGAAAGUAUUAAUGGGACAGUUCAAAAUGCCCUAAAAAGAAUAGGAAACCUGCAUAUUGAUAAAAAGAGUAGUGAUAAUAAAGAUGCUCCAAAAAGUCCAGAUCACAGCAAGUCUCUGGCUGAGGUACUUCAUCCUCAUUUGUCCUCAGAGGCAGCUUCCUUGCUGGCAGCCCAAUUAAAAGAAAAAACUCAAAGUCUCAAUCGAAUAGAGAACAGCACCAAUCAAAAUGGUAUUGGUCCCCUAAAAACGCAAAAAGAGAAACCUACUCCUCCACAGAAAGCCAAGCGAUCUCCUGCAGCAAUCAACCAGAAAUCCAGCAAAGCAAUUCUGCCCACUACCAGCAAUCUGCAAAAGAUGAUUAGUCCAGUUACGGAGCCAGUAACCACUGCAGGAAAUCUGCUUGAAAAGAAAAACUCUAAUAGCAGCCAAGAGCAGCCUGCAGCUGUGAAGGAAGACACAGGUGAACCAACAGUAAAGAAGACACCGAUUAAGAAGCCACCUAGGAAGAAAAGCAAAGAUGCUACUUUGGACACUGAUGGAAAAGUGCAACCAAAGAUGGCCAUAAUGCCACCACAGUCAGUAAAAUAAUGAUGGCAGAGUUGUACAUGUUGUUAUCACUCUAAAUGAGGGGCAUUACAAGGAACUAUCUUGACUUCUGCAAUAUACUUUGAUGUAUCUUGCUGUAGCCACGCUUUGAGCCAAAGAAAACUGAGAGUGCCUUUGUGAUGAGGACACGUACAUGUGGAAACCAGGUUGUCGAAUUCAGUUCAGAGACCAAGGAGACAAAUCAGUGGCUAAACUUUUAUGGAACAAAAUCAAGAAUACCAUUUAAGUGCCUCCAAUACAUAUGCAAGGCUUCAGAGCCAUGCGUAAGAGGGAAUGAUGGUCUUACAGAACACAUCAUAUGACCAUAUGGAGAAUGUGGUAUAAAUAAACCAGCAACUAUGGUAACAUCAUAGUAUUGCUUUGUAUAGGAGACUAUUCAGCAACUAUUUAUAGUCCUAAUUGCCUACUGCCAAACCUUGCCUUUAUUAGUUAGACGCCUUAUCAUACUUUAUUGUUUGAAGCAACUAAGUUAUUUAAAGAAAUGCUUAUUUUUGUAUUCUGUUGAAAAGUGAAGAUUAUGAAGGAGCUUUUUGAAAUAAGGAUCAUAAAACGCUGUCAACAUGAAAUGCCAAUGCUCAGCAUAGCUGUUGACUCUCCACCUUGGCAUCUGUCAUGUAAAGUGCAUAAGCAGUGCUUAUUAUAAUAUAAAAUACCUUAUGAAUCUGUUAUAGUUAUGCAGUAAUGGAUAAGCUAGCUUUUUUUUAUUUUUUCAUUUUUGUUUGAUUAUUUUAGACCAGGAUCAGUAUUACUAUGGUUAGAAUAGCCUGGUUUAAAAUGCAUCAGCAUACAGUAUAUUGUUGUUUAUGGAUGGGACUUCACACUAGACAUAUAUAUAGAUAUUAAUAUUUAAUGUUUACUCAUUCUUUAUGCAUAGUAAAGGCAGCCGUAUCAGAAUCUAAACUUAUAUUUCCAAAAAUGCAGAUUUAUGAGUCUAAAGGGGAAUGAAGUUCAGCCCAAGUGAUUUGAUAGGCCGCAUUCUCUUAUUUGUUUUUUUAAAAUAAGAAAAAAUAGGGGUUGCUGUGGCUGGUAUCUAGUAUUGCAGCUCCAUCCCAUUCACUUUAGUAAAUAUGACCUGCAAUACAGGACACGGGCCAUUAAUAGCAGCAGGACUGUUUCUAGGGGAAAGGCAGACCUUUUUUACUUAUUCUGGACUACCAAUUAAAAUAUUGGUAACCAGGCUGUAUACAGUGAGUAUAAUUUAUCAGUGUCCUUUUACGUCAAUUUCUUUUUCUGCAUUUAGAGCUAACGAAAAAUACAUGAUUAAUAUUUGGAUAGAGUUGGUUUUGGGGCUUUUAGGUUUCUAAAAAGCUUCAAGUUCAAAGUAUAACAAGAUUCGAGAGUUUUUUGUUUUAAGAAAGAACACUUUCAGGGUCCAAAGUAAAGUUUGGUCUAGCACUUAUUGCAUUAUGUACACUUUUAAUCCAUUUCAAACUCAAACGUGUUGUCAAAUAUAAAUUGUCAAAAGUUUAUGUAGAAGAAGAAAUCUGUGGCACUCACCAAAUCACCAUUCAUUACUUAUUGCAGCAUGUUUACAUUACCAACAAUGGAGAGAUAGAAAAGAGCUGGGCGAUGAUCGUUUCUCGUGUGCCUAGGCUUUGUAAAGGCCCUUACAGAUGGCUGUAGGGCAGCUCUUUGAUAUCUGUCUGUAUUGUUAUUUUAGAUAUGCUACUAUGAAGAAUGAAUGAGCAUUUGGUGAGUGCUGUGGAUUUCUUCUCAUAUACUAUACACGGCAUAUGACUUUUCUUCACUCUUCAAACUUUACUGCAGAUCCUGAUGCAAGCAGUGCCAGCAUUUCUACAUAGAAAGUUUAUAGAAAUCAGUUCUGCAGGACACUUAUACUUUGAUAAAACUUUUCGGAAUAUUACUAACAAAAGGUUUUAUAUAUACAUAUAAACAUACAGGGACAUCAAAU